UUCAGGGAACGAUUGGUGAAAACCGACACGUCAACAACCAAAAAUCUAUGGGUUGAUAAGCCGAUUUACUGUAUAACCGGACAUUUCAUGAUUUCUGCACUAUGACAAUUCCAUAAAAGUGUAGAGCAUGACGAGAUAUAUGUCUGCAAGUGACUCUUUGCGGCAGAAAAUUGCAGUCGAUUCUGCAUGUGUUAUAAAAAUGGAUGAAAAAGUGGACAAGACCAAUAAAAAUCUGGAUAGGCCCGUAGUAAAACUAUGGUUUGUUGACAUAUCUGAUUUUGGACGGACUUCUCAAUUUCUACUUCUUUCGUCAGCCAUAUUUGUAGCGUAUCUAAUAUAUGGAUAUUUACAGGAGCUGAUAUUUAGGCUUAAGGAGUUUCGUCCAUUUGGUUGGUAUCUCACACUUGUGCAGUUCCUCUGUUAUUUGAUAUUUGGACUUCUUGAAAUGUAUGUGAGGAAAAAUUUCAAAAGAAAAAUUCCUUUGAAAACAUAUGCACUCCUGGCUUUUCUCACUGUUGCAACCAUGGGUCUUUCCAAUACGUCCGUUGGAUAUCUGAAUUAUCCCACCCAGGUUAUCUUCAAAUGCUGUAAACUAAUACCAGUUAUGGUGGGCAGCAUACUUAUUCAGGGAAGGCGAUACAACUGUUUAGAUGUCAGUGCCAUGCUCAGUAUGGUGAUUGGGCUGAUUUUAUUUACUCUAGCAGAUAGUAGCGUUUCUCCCAACUUUAAUACUUAUGGUGUUAUUUUAAUUUCUUUGGCUCUAUGUGCUGAUGGUGCUAUUGGUAAUGUCCAGGAAAAAGCUAUGAAGCAGUAUGAAGCCUCUAACACAGAAAUUGUCUUUUAUUCUUAUGGAAUAGGAUUUUUCUACAUUUUGGUUGGGUUAGUUAUCUCAGGAAAUUUUUUCCCUGCAUUUGAAUUUUGCAGACAACAUCCAGUACAAACUUAUGGUUAUGGACUUUUAUUUUCCAUAUCUGGAUAUAUUGGAGUGGCAUUUGUACUUUCACUAGUAAAAGCCUCUGGAGCCUUAAUAGCUGUAACAGUGACAACAUGUAGAAAAGCUGUAACCAUUGUUCUGUCCUUCCUUUUCUUCUCCAAGCCAUUUACAAUUCAGUAUGUGUGGUCUGGACUGCUAGUAGUGAUAGGAAUUUAUCUCAAUGUGUACAGUAAAAACAGGACUUCAAUGGAUCAAGUGAUGCUAGAUACAUUUACAAGAAUGCAGACAUGUUUCAGGUCCAAAAGAACAAGUUAUAGAAAUACACUUACUGAGGUCUAGCUUAAAAAUGCAAGGAACAGUGACAGUUGAAUACAUGUACCGGUACAUUUACAUUUGUAAAAUGGCUAAGAAAUAAUGAUAUUACAUUUUAUUUCAUUCUCUAGUCUAACCAUACUGAUUCUCUGAUGAUAAUCUCAGAAAAAAUUUCCAUAAUGUGUUCAAGGUAACAGUUACAUGUAUUUAUGACUGCUUCUUAAAGUUUUUUACAAUACUUUAGUAACCUUGAAAUCUUGUGAGUGAAGUAUGUUUGUUAGGUGUAAAUAUUGCAUUUUAUUUAUUGAAGAAGAAAUGAUGGAAAUUAAGUGAUUUUUAUAUAGUUAUAUAGAUUAUUCAUAAUUAUUCUUAUACAUGAAUUUCUUAAUCAGGUAGGCCUACUUUCCUUUUAUUUAAUAUUUAAAGGAUGUAAAUGGUGAUAUGUACAGAAUACAUUAUCAUUGUAUUUUCAUGAUAGCUAUUUACUGUAUUGUUCUUUUACAUCAAAAUAAAUACAUUUUUGUUACUUUAA